GACGCGUCACGUGGACGAGAGGGCGCCGCCGUGAGGGAUCGGCGGGGUGGUGGGCGCUCACAGGGCGCGGGGCCGCAGCCAUGUUCGGGGCUCUGGGGCGCUGCUUCGAGGAGGAUCCGUUCUUCCGCGACCCUUUUGCCGCACACCAUGAAUACAUGCGGCAGAUGAUGAGGAGCUUUUCUGAUCCUUUUGGCCGAGAUCCAUUUCUCAGUAUAACAGAUGGCAGGGAGAGAACGGCGGAUCGAAGAGCACGCCAGGAUUCUCAGGUUGCUCUGAGAGGAAAUCGCAGAGCAACAAGCUAUUCCCUCCUGCCCUUUUCAGGCUUUGGGAGAGUGCAAGAUGCAGAUUUUGGGGAUCCUUUUUUUGCUAUGGACAGAAUGAUGUCAAAUAUGAGAAACAGCAUGCUGGAGAUGCAAAGAAAAUUUGAUGACCUGUCUGUCCACCCAGAUGCACACACCUUCAGCUCCUCCUCUGUGAUGACAUACUCCAAAGUGGGCGAUGAACCUCCCAGAGUUUUCCAAGCUGCAGCUCAGACGCGCACGGCUCCGGGAGGUGUAAGUAGGCUUGAGAUGCAGCAGGAAGGUGGUAUGUCAUUAUUGCAGAGCAAGGUCUUCUAUGGUUUCUCUGCUUAUUUCUGCAGCAGACAGGUUAAGGAAACAAGAAAAGCACUGAAGGAUUCUGAAAGUGGAGUGGAAAAAAUGGCUAUUGGUCAUCACAUCCGUGAUCGUGCCCACGUUGUGAAAAAAUCAAAGAACAGGAAGACUGGUGAUGAAGAAAUGAACCAAGAGUUCAUCAACUUGGAUGAAAAUGAGGCUCAGUCUUUUGAUGAGGAGUGGCAGAAAGAGAUUUCCAAGUUCAAGCCAUCGAGAAGCAGGUGCAAUUUAGAUGCUCCAAGGUACAGCAGCAUUCAACACACACAUAAGGAAGAUGGACUAGGAAGAGAGAAACCACUCGCAUCUGUGGGCUUCAGGGGGCCGAGAGUUUCCAUGGAGAACAACCUCAGUGUGAAAGGAACACACGUUCCCAUCAAAAGCAGCAAGAAGUAGUCCAUUGGGAUGCAGUUUGUUCAGAAAAAAUGGUGCUGCACUGCUCAUAUUAAUAUAAGUAUACACGUACAUAUGACCAAUCUGUCUUUUGUUUUAGUGUUAGUGUGCCUUGCUACUCUAAUCUUUUGACUACUGAAUGUUGUAUAAACCUUUGGGUCUUAGGUUAAGUCAUAUUAAAAGGAAAGACAAGAAGCAAGCAAAAAAAAAACCAACAAAAAGCCCUGUCCACUUAAAAGCACUUUAAUGGUUUAUCACCAAUUCUGAUGUAAAACAUCUGCUUUGGUAGCAAAGUCGUUUUUUCCACCACAGUUGCACCAUUCUCAGACUCUUUGUUAACCCCAGUGGAACCACCUUUUCCCCUCCACACUGUAUAACUCGCACAGAAAGUAAAUUCUCCUAUUUUGUCCCAACUAAUAAUUAAUAAUUGUUUUGGUGACGAAGCAAUCGGUAGGAAUUACAGUACACUGUAGGCACUGCAUAUACAGAUUUAAAAUCACACGGUAAAUUGGUACAGAAUUCCCAAAUUCAUCUUGAUUUUAAAACAAAGAAGAGUGAGAAGAAUACUAGAAUAGCAAAUGCUUCUUUAUGUGUUAGUUAAUCAACAUUCUUAUGUUCAUAAAUGGUGCUCGCAUCCCUCGUUCUCUGCCCCUAGGCUGUUAUUCUCAUAUUUCUGAUCCCUUGUUUCUUUUGGAGAUGGCGCAUUAUUUUUCAUUCCUGAAGGCCAUCUGUAGUAUUUCUCAAUUAUUCUGUGAUAAUACUCAGAUGAAACUAUUACUUCAUUGGAGAAAUGGUUCAGCAGACAGCAGUUCAACUGGAUAAUGGCUGCACCAUUUCUUCUGUUCCAGAAAGCUAAAAUAUCCCUCUGUACAGGAAGCCAUUUUCUGCCUCAGCUGAGGUGAGCUCUGUGAUGUUUUCUGCCCCGAUUAGUAGAGCUAGAAGGAUCCUGAAAGCUAACACUUGGUUUCCCUCGGUACUUCUGUCAUUAUUGUUUGGUGGAAGAGUCUGGUGUUCAUGAGGAAAGCAAACUGCGACUGAGAACUGGAAAUGUCUUUGUAUUACAAGUGUUGAGUUUGUGUGCUGUCUUAUUCAGAAUUGAUCUCAUGUUGUAGAGGAAAUAAUUUCUGUAGGCUGUAGCAUAUAUGCCGUAGUAUAAAUGCUAUGAACUGAAGGCUAAGACAGCAUAGCCUUCAAAAAAGACACUGAUUUGUAUGAUAAAAGAAAAAUAGUUUAAUAUUCAUACAGCUAAAAAGGAAAUAAGUCUCUCUGAGGAAUCUAUAAAAAGGUGUACUUUACUAACAUGCAAAAAAAACCAACAAACCUGAAGGGCAGUUGUCACUGCCAUGGCAGGAAUUUCCCAGUGAUAAACAACAGAAAACAUUACCAUGCUGUCACUUAAGCAGAAAUCUUUGAUUUGAGGGGUGCUUCUAAUUCACAGAGCAUUCAUCUGUCCAUCAUCUGACCACUUACGUUCUUGCCUGUGCUCCUGGGAUGGGUGAACAUACAGAGAGAACAGCACUGGUUGUGAAAUUACAUUGGGAAGAGGCAAACGUGAUGGAUCACUUUGUCAUGCACAGCAAUGUGAAAAUGUUAUGCAAGAAAUUGUUCUAGGUAGGAACACCUGAAACUUUAAUUCUUUAAUAAAGAGCUAUUUAUUGUUUA